AUGAANGGCCCUGUGAGUAUUGUGAGGCCCUCGGACUCGGUGACUCGCGAGGACAGCAUACUCGCCAACCAGGCCUUACUCACCACCAAGGCGCGACUUAACUCGAGCCUGAAAAUCGUGCGGCAAGCCUUACUCACCCUGAAUCACCGCUACCUCGAGAGCAGGCGGUCACCCAACGCCUGGCAGCGCUACAGGAUGCUUAAGGAGAUGAUUAAGGACAUGGUGCGUCUGGAGACCGAAAACUGUCAACUUUUGGACGCGCCUAAGCAGCGGAAGGACGAAACCGUCAACGCCUUCGUCAUGAGAGUGUGCCAUGUGGUGGAGCGGGGAGAGAGGGCUCGUGAGCUCACCGCUAGCCUCGCCCACUCCGAGCGACCACAGCGCCAAACUGAGGAGGAGGAGCGACGCCGCGCCAACGCCCAGCGCCUAUACGCGAUGACGACAGGCGGGAUACUGGAGGAGAACCAUGAGCUGAUCACGGAGGUGUACCGGUCCCUGCGGCGGUAUCACUCCAUGCGCACCUUGGUACGCGAGCUCAAGGUGGAGUACGCGGAGAGCAAAGUGUACCCGUUCCUGCCGCGGUACUUCAUGCUCAAGGAGAUGAUCAGGGACGUGCUCAACGACCCCGCCUUCCUGGAGGUGUCCCAUGACAACCACAGCCUCCUGCUGCCACAGGUCUCUGCUACCAUCACCGGUGCCAUCGUCGGCUGUGCCGGUGGCAGCAGCCGUUAACAGGCGCCAUCUUUGUCUGUGACGGUGGCAGCAGUCG